AUGGUAACCGCCACUUCCCGGAGGCGCACCCCGUUCUCCCCUCCGCCACCCCCUCCGCGCUGUCAGCCUGCAACGCCGCCCGCGCCCCACGGCUCUGCAGAACUAGAUGCUGAUUGGCUGCGUUGCCGAGGGGGGAGGCUGAGGGAUGAGCACCAAGCUGUGACCUUGUCAACAUUUGAGUGCUGGCUGCAGUUUUUCCUCCUGUCAGUGUAUUAUAAACAUGAAACAUUUAUUUCACCUUCUCUUCUUAUAUUCUCUUUGUUGUUAGAAAAUGAAGACUCAGCCCAAAAGACAGAGCCUGCAGAUCAGCUAGUUGAUUCUUUGGAGUCCAGUACUUCGCAGAGCGGGUCACAGAUUGGGUCACACCUGAGUGCAGGCACGACAGAGGAUUCGAAGGAAGAAGCUCACACUUUGGAGGACCAGGAAGUGGCUGAACUAGAAGAGAAGCUGCCUGACAAAAUCCAUUCCCUCAAAAAGGAAGCUGGUGUUUGGGUAACCAACUAUCAUGUACCUCAGGGAGUAGGGGAUAUAGUCAUGAUUCAGUCAGAUCACACUGGUGCUGUGGAUAUCCUCUCGGCUGAGCUGGAGACUGCAGACCUCCUUGGGGAGCAGAGGAAAGCUCAGCCUCCCCCUCUUGCUGCACCCACCAUGUGGACCACUGAGAAGAUGAAGGAAUUCAAAGCCAAGAUGGGAAAGGAGAAGAAUGGCCGGAUGGUGGUGAAGCGAGGCGAAGUGGUGACAGUCCGUGUGCCAACCCACCCUGAUGGGAAAUGCAUUUGCUGGGAGUUUGCUACAGAUGACUAUGACAUUGGGUUUGGAGUCUAUUUUGACUGGACCACGGUUACUAACACAGCUAUUACUGUUCAGGUCAGUGAAUCCAGCGAUGAAGAGGAUGAAGAGGAGGAUGAGGAAAUUGAAGGACUCUCCCCUGCUGGUGAUGUGGAAAGGGGCUCCAAAAGCUAUCUGCGGAACCGCUAUGGAGAGAUCAUGCCUGUGUAUCGGAGGAACAGCCAUCGGGAGGUGCAGGCAGGCAGCCAUGAGUACCCAGGCGAGGGCAUCUACCUGCUGAAAUUUGAUAACUCGUACUCUCUCCUCCGCAAUAAGACUCUGUUCUUUCAUGUGUAUUACAUGAGCUGAAGAAAAGGGAAGGGGCAGGGAUGGCAGGCAGGUAAUGGUGAGUGUAGCAGGCUGCCACCCAGCCCUGGUACCGCCUGAUGGGCACUGCUAUGCGUCAGAACCAAGGCACAAUUCUUAUGGCUCUUCUUCAGCCAUGAACUGGUUUCUCCCCACACCCUUCUUCCCCGCUGUCCCAGGGGAGAAAGGUAGUUGUGACUGCCUGGUUGUUCCCAGGCAUCUGCUCUUUCUCGAAGUCUUUGGGAGGUCUGCUCUGUGCAGGCAUCGGGCUGGGCCCUUACAUCACAGCUGGUAAUUGCCCAGGAGCCAGGUUCAGAUGGCCAUGGUUCUGAUCUUUUGUGCUGGUACAAAAUGAAGUGAAAAUAAUCUGUUACUAUUUUGUGAAUAACUUUUCCAACUCUCCUGCUGCAUCUGCAUCACUAGAGGGCAGCUGUCAGUUGCAAUGAGCCAAAAGCACAGCUGGCUUGUCACCCAGCCAGGGUAACCUACCACCACUACAGUCACCAGCAGUCAGUGCUUCCUUCACUCACGCAAGUGAGGGUGCAGCUGGCCAGCAGCUCCAGUGGCUUGGCAGUGCUACAAAAGGUGGGCCCCAAAUGGCAGUCACAACUUCUGUUUGAACAGGGUGCACACCUAGUAGUCCGUAAGAGGAUUUACUACAGAUUAAGAAUUGGAUGUUGUAUUUGUUAAUUGUAGGGAUAUGUAGGUGAUUAAAACUUCAGUGACUACCAAAAGUUUUUUUCUCUAAUCCAAAUGUGAAGCAGAAUAAAUACAAAGUGGUUGGAAUACAACGAAUAAAUAUACAGGAAAUGUUUCUUAGUAGCAGCAUGUUGGUUCACUGGUAUUACAACCAUAUGUAGCAAGGUUCCCCAGAGAAAUGUAGCUUGUCAGCUGCUAUUGCUAUUGCAAAGGUAUUGUUAGGAAGUUCCUUGGCAUGUUUUGGUGACUCGUGAUGGUACUAGUGAUGACUUUCUGCUCAAGUAGUGGCAGAAUUGAACAAGGAAGAAGUUAAAUCCAUCAGUGAUGAAUUUUAAAAUAUGUUUAUCAGUAACUGUUUUUUAUUUUAAUACUUUUAACAUGAAAUCAUUCUCUUUUCUAAGAAUACUGCUGUAUUUACAUUUUGAUACCUCUGAAGAGACACAAAAUGGCUGUUUGUGUGGUGAUCCUAGUAGAGUUCUGAGUUUUAUUUUUAAAUUGUCCAGGUAAAGCACCUUUACUUGGUCCAUUCCUUCUAUUGAGAGGGAAUGAUGGACAAAAUUAUUUUGGGGUAAUUAAUGCCAAAGAUUUUGCUCUCGUAGGAGGGCUGCAUAUUUCCUAUGAAGGGUAUAUUGUAAUGCUGUGCAAUUUGCUCCAUAUUCAAGCUUGGCCUUUUAACUGUCUCUGCUUACUUAUUCACUGCCCCAGAGCACUUAUUAGGUCAAAAUGGUAAGAGAAACAAUCAGACUACAGUAGAGCAGCCCAAGCUGAGAGGAGAAGGAGUAGUAAUGCAAAGAACCACUGUGGUCCAAGCAGCGCUUUCUCAGUGAGCAGGCAUGGAGCAGAGUUGAUCAGGGUAAGGAGAAGAGUUAUUGCUGCUUUGGGCCCCGAGAUGAGCAGAAAACAGCCACCUCUCUCAAAAGAGAGAGCGUGUGCUCCUGGGUGGGGGGGAACUGCAAAGCUGCCUUACUUAAGCAUGGCAAGCACAGGACAAUCUUGCAAGGAGACAGAA